ACCCCACGAUUCCCACUUUCCCGCACCCACCCCGCCCACAACCGGCACCUCCGCCGCCGCCCCGCCCGCAACCGGCGCUGCCGCCCUCGCCCCACCCCCAGCAAACGUCGCCUCCUCCCUGACCACCGGUUCCUCCCCGGAUUCGCCGCCACCUGCGGUGGCCAACUCCUCCGCAAGGGAUCCGCUGGGGACCGCGGCGGCCUGAUCCCCUGCCGCGGCCAACCACCUCCCACUUCGCCGACCACUGUGGCAGCCGCCGGCGGCCUUCCAUCCGCGAUGGAGCUGCCCCCGCCUGGAUCCGGCCCCUGGCAGCCGCCCCCGGCGCUGCCCCACGCUUGGGUUCGGCCGCUGCGUCGCCCCACGCCUGGAUCCGACCGCUGCGCUGCACCCGCCCCUCGAUCCAGCCACCGUCAGCACCCCUCCUCCCCGCACACAAGCGCCGGCGUCCACCGCCAGCCCCAAGCGCGCCGUCCAGGAGCCCCAUCCCCAGACAUCGUCCUUCGUCGUUGGCGCACCAUGGACAUCUUCCUCUUCUGCCUAGAACUUCUUCGUCGUUGGUGCUUGCGUGCGCACGACAGCCACAUGUGGUGUGAGGAGAAGCCAAGCUAAAAGAAGAACACACUUUCUUCACACGCGUGUGCACGCAAGACAGGCAUAGAGAAGUUCGGAGCAGCUAUGGUCGUGGUGAUUCUUGUGUUAUAACAGAUGUUUACAGCAAUCCAGUAGGCUGCUCUUUCCUCUGAACUCUGCAUCAUUUUCUGUAGCUGGGAUGCAGAAAGAGUACGGAUUGACAUGAUCAACUGAAUGGGUUGAAGAAAACUGGGAGAUGCUUUCCUCUAGGGCUGUUGCAUAUCUGAAUAUCGAUGUUUCAGUAGUCGGUCCGGUUUUACUCCCAUCUACAACUCCCCAACUUGAUGAACUACUACUGGAAACAAUUAAACUGGUUCAAGACCCCGAUAAUUCAUCUCAGACUGUUUAUGAUUCAUGGGUCAAACCCAAUGCUUCUCCCAAGGUUCAACGACUGGGCAAUGGAGGAUCAGACUAUGCAGCAUUCGUUCAACAUGUUGGCAUUCCAUCCACCAACUUGAUAUUUGGAGAAGGGCCAGGAUAUCCUGUUUACCACUCUUUAUACAAAUAUAAGAUGUUCUAACCUUUUUCUGAACCGGAUGCAUAUAGUCAUGUUUUAGUGUGCAUGUUCACUCAUCAACGACAACAGCACGGCGCUCCUGGUUCUCCUCUCCCUCUGCUGGCUUGCAUGCUACGAUGCCACCGCCUCCUCACUGUACAAAGGUUUGAGUGAGGAAAAAUUUGAGCUCAUGAACGAACCUGAAGAAGUUCUAAUGCGAUGGUGCUAUUCUCUUUAGUUAUUUGUUUCUCGUGAAUGCAUUUGGUUGUGGCUAAUGGAUCUCUAUCUUAAUAUAUUCUUUGCUUUA